AUGCAGUAUAAACCUCUAUUCCUUGUUUUUGCUGUCUUUUGGACAAUAUCGAUUGUUUCCGGACAAACAAAUAUUUGCUCAAUAAAUCCUUGUUUAAACGGCGGUGCAUGUAUUGUAUCUCAAUUCUCAAAUACAUUUACAUGUUCAUGUACUCAAUAUUAUUUUGGAACACGAUGCGAACAUAUGAAUCGAUGUUCAUAUCAGUCAGCACUCUGUCGCAACGGCGGAACCUGCGUCCCGGGUCUUGAUGGAGCUUUUUCAUGUCGAUGUCCGAUAUCAUACACCGGGGUUUAUUGUGAGACGUAUUCUCAAACAUCAACUAUUUGUUCAUCAAUGCCCUGUCGAAAUAGCGGAACAUGUGUAGCAUAUAAUAAUAAUGCAAAUUAUUAUUGUCAAUGUCCACAAGCAUAUAGUGGAUCAACAUGUACGACGCCUGUUACGGUUUGUCCUGUGGAUUAUUGCAAAAAUAAUGGACAAUGCACCUUUGAUUAUACACUUAAUCGAUUACGAUGUGCUUGCCCAGGAACAUUUGGGGGCCAGUACUGUGAGAUCCCAAUUGGUCAAUCAAAUGCAUGUGCAAGUUUUCCUUGUCAUAAUGAUGGUAGUUGUACCCCAGCUCCACCAUCUUUUCUAUGUAAAUGUAAAGAUACAUAUUCUGGCAAUCAAUGUCAAUAUUCGAGCAAUAGUAAUUGUUAUGCUGGUUUUUGUUCGAAUGGUGGAACAUGUUAUUCUAAUGGAAAUACAUUACAAUGUAUAUGUCCAAAUGGUUAUAGUGGGAUAAGAUGUGAAACACAAACAACUUCAUCAUUUACACUUUGUGAUUUAAAUCCUAAUUUAUCUUAUUGUUCAAUUAAUUGUUCGCCUGGUUAUUGUUUUUCAAAUCCUGCUAGUCAACCACCAUUUGCUUGUUAUUGCACUGAUAAAACUAUUCAAUUGAAUUCAUGCUAUUGA